AAAAGAAGACAUCGAACUAUCUUCACCGAUGAACAAAUAGCUGAAUUGGAGAAAUUGUACGAACAAACGCAAUAUCCCGAUGUCACGAUGCGAGAACGAAUAGCUCAAAAAAUCGAUUUAAAAGAAGAGCGAGUCGAGGUUUGGUUCAAAAACCGUCGAGCUAAAUCUAGAAAAGAAAGG